AUGUGUAAUGAAACAGAGCUAGAAAAAUGUUUUGAACUAAAAGACUGCUUUACAAAGUAACAGGAAAGAAGGUACCUUAAUAACAGGGCAAGUUGAAAGUUUAAGAUUCUCAUUUUCCCCCACACGUAUUUUUUAAUGUCUUUAAAGUAAAAUGGGGUCAAAGCACUCUAAGGCUCACCCUAGGGUGACCAGAGUGGCCCCUAUGCAAGAUAAAGACCCGAUGUCUUCCCCAGCUAGCCCUGUGGACUUGACAUUCAAUGACAAUCCAGAGGAUCAAAGUUCAUAUUCAUUUGCAAGACUACAAGAGAAGAGAGCACUGGACAGGCAGCUGCCACCACUUCGGGAGACUUUGUAUGGAAGAUAUUCUUCAGGUCUUGAAGUGCCCAGGCCCAUGUCUGUAGAUAUUCCACUGGAAAAGGGAGAAACAAGUAUUAUUAAAAGACAUCCACCCCGAAGAUUUCAAAUGCUUGAACCUCUUGAACCACAAGUCCUCAUCGCUGAAAAGUUCUUAACCCAGAAAGAAGCUGAGACCACACAAAAGAAAAAGCAGGAGCUAGAAAAGAGAGUGCAAGCUCUGACAUACUCUUCUGGGAAAAGGCAAUAUCUACACAAAAUGAAAAUGCUGGAAAUGAAUCACAGGAAACAAGAGGCUCAGGCUGAGUUGAAGAGAAGUCUCCACAGAGAAGCAAGAAUUAAUAAACACAAAAUGAGAGAACUCAAAGCCAAAAACAUCCCUGAAAACAUUCCAAGAAAUGAUGGCAGUGAAGACUUUGUAACUAUAGAGCCUGAUGUACCCAUAAAUGGAGAAACAGGAAAUGCAUGGAAUAGAGAAUUUGUAAAAUAUCAUGAACAGAGUGAAUAUCAUCCCAGGAAGAGUGGUGAAUUGAGAAGAUGGCCCCUCAAACAGCAGAUCCAAGAUGAACUAUUUUGGGACAGUUCUAGUACCGAUUCAGAUGAGUCGGGAAAAGAGGAAAGGAAAUCCUGGACACUAGUGAGGACCAAGACAGAAAGAAUUGCACUUUUUGAUGAGUUCUUUGAUCAAGAGUAAGAGAGUUAGAAAAUUAAGAGAACUAUACACCAAUCAGGAUUUCACUGGGAGGGGGCAGCUAGGUGGCACAGUGGAUAGAGCACUGGUCCUGGAGUU